AUGUUUAGUUUGGAAUUGAAGCAUGCUGAUUUGGUUUCGCUUGAGCGCCCCUUGCGGUCGUUCAUCACAAAUUAUUACAGGGACGAUGCAGAAAAAUUUUCCACAGACAUUGGCGUGCUCGAGGCCCUUAGGAGGGAUGCCAUUUCGGCGUUCGAUGCAACCACAGCCAGCCUGCAGGUCUUGUCAAAGUCAAAAUCGGCUUUGUCUGGCUCAAUGCAAUGCCAAAAGACAGGCGAAUCAGUAGCGCCCAUUUGCAGACUGACGUUUGUAGUUUCUUCCAAUGCAAUUGAAUUUGAAAAGGCGGCUGUUUUAUACAAUUGCGCCAUUGCCGCUGCCGGGAUCCUGCAGCACAUAGCGGAUAAGUAUGCAGGCGAAUAUGCGGCCCCCGAGUGUUGCGACCUGUCCAUAAAGUCGCUUUGUGGCCUUUAUAAGCUGAUGCUUUCAUUGGCCCAAGAAUGCUUUUACAAAAAGGCUCUACAAGCGGUGUCCACGGCCGAUUAUUAUGAGUCGGCAUAUGAAGAUCUGACCAUUCCGCCCCUGGAUUUAUGCUACGGAGAGACGUUUCUUGAGCGAAUCAGAGCGAAAUCCCUGCUUUAUUUUAGCCUUGCGCAGUUCUAUAAAUCCCAGGAGCUCCAUGAAACGUCCCAUUAUGGCGAGGAGGUUGCAAGGUUGGGUCUGUCGUUUGACCUUGCAAGAAAGGCAAAAGAAAGUGUAAAGCUAUUUCCACUGGAAUUUUCUGACGAAGUUCUUAUUUACUUGCGCCGGGUUGAGCUUGCGCUGAAAUCGGCCACCAAAGACAAUAGCACCAUUUAUCACGAAAGGGUGCCCGAGUAUCAUUCCUUAUCGAUUCUUCCAAGAGCCACAUUGGCUGUUUCCAGUUUUCCAGCCUUCUUGUUGCAAAGCAAUAAAGCAGAACUGGGGCUUUUUCGCUCUCUGCUUCCCUAUGGCAUCAAACUGCUGUCUGACAUGUAUUCAAAGAAGAAGCAAAAUAUCAUUUCACUGGCGACUUCAAAUGUCAAUGAGAGUGAAGAGUCCAUCAGGUGGUACGGCGCGUUUUCCUUUAAAAGUAGCAACUUGAAUUUGUACGAAAAGUUGUACAGCAAUCCCGAAGUGCUGGAAAACCUGGAGAAAAUCACUAAGGUCUUGUUUUGCCCGCAUGUCAACGGUAAGCCGUGGGUCGAUUAUUGCCAGAUCAAGCAGGUGAUUUCAGAUGAAGAAAAAGAAGACAUGCUGCUGAGACAGCAACACAAGCAUCAAUGGAUCAGGGAGCCCUCUUCAAAUAUCAAUGUCUCCAUGAAUUUACAACUAGAUGGCCUUUUUUCGGCGUGUCAGCAGUUGGAUUUUUCGAUGUUGGACAUUGGAAACGCCUUCAAUCAGCUUCGAGAUUCAGAUUUGUCUUCCCUGUUGGAUUCAAACGUGCAAGCAUAUUCGAAGGCAGGAAAUAUGCUUCUUUUGCAGCAGUCAAAGUUGCAAGCGUACCCUUUAAUAUCGGAGAUUAAAAAGCUACUUGAAGAAAGAACGUCGCUUGUUUUAAAAAUCAAGAGCAUCUCACAAGAAGAUGACCUAAACCAUGAGCUACAGAAGCUCAACUCCCGAAGGGACCAGGACGAGUUGAUAGAAAAAUCGCUGGAAAAAUACGGCGACCAUUCUUCGAUGAUUUCAACCGCCACACAUAAGAUUCACGUGUUGUUGAGUCAGAUGAAAGACACGGAAGUGCCUAGCGGACUAGGGCUCGUUCAAAAAAUCGACCUUCUGCAAUCGACAUAUUCCAAACUCCAACCCCUGCAAAGUACAAUUAGCGAAAAAAAGAGCGUCCUGGCCAACUUGGUGCAUCAAUUGAAAAUGUUAGAGUCGGAAGCAUUGGAUUUUAAUUAUUCAAGAAAGUUGGAGGCAACCGAACUGCAAAAGUACAAUAGUGCGCUUCAUUAUAGGCAUUUAUCGGCACAAAAUAGCGCUGUAAAAGGCCAAGAUGCCAAUGUCACUUGCAAGGCAAUCGGGGGCAGCCAAAACAAAGAUAUUUCUGGGAGCAUAAAACCCACCGGAAGUCUUUCAAGUGCAUCUCCCAAACCAAACGAUGCGAACCCCCCGAAAUCGUUUAAGAGCACCUUUAAUCCUCAAACAUCAGGGGCGAAUCAGGCAAACACCGGCACAAAUGUCACAGGCCAACCAAAAGCAUGGAAUCCAGCACUUCCCAUUUGCUAUGCCACCCCGACAAAGACUCAAAACAAGAGCGGCAACAAAGAACGCGAAAAAAAUGUGGAGACCAACUCGUUCAACAAUAAAAUUUAA